ACGCUGAACGCCAUCCUCAAGUCAGAGACAGACACAGAGACUUUAACAGGGAUAAACCGAUUGGGCUGUCAACCUGCUCCACACUCAGAGUAUUUACUUUAGGGCAACCUGAGCCCAAGGACUGUUCUGUCCCAUCGGGACUCAGGUGACACUUUACAGACUGUCAAUGAUCCAUUGUGUUCAUACACUACAGAGACAGAGAUGAUACCUGGUGACAUGCCUGUGGUAUUAGAUACACAGACUAAUCCAAUGAAAGUGGACUGGAACCAGUACAGUAGUAGUGUAUACUCGGAAGGGUGCCGAGAUAAGAAAGGGGAGGGUCUUGUCGUAGAUGAGGUGAUUGUGAAAGUGGAGGACGAUGCUCCUCUGAUAUGGAGUGCAGACGAAACUCACUUAGGAGAAGGACACUCGCAGGACACUCGCAACACCAGUGACUUCUUAGACUACAGAGAAAGCUUAGAGACAAAUAUAAAUGUCGAGACCCACUCCCCUUUACACGAGUUCAAGGAUCGCGACCCAUUAUCCAUGUCGAUGGGGCCUUCCGGUUCACACAGGGAACAAAAGGCCAAGGCGCGAGGAGGGGGAGCCACAUCAGACAAUAGUAAAGAGAAACGGUUCCUCUGCAUGUUCUGUAACAAAGGCUUCCGCUGCCCCCAGAAGGUGGACAUCCACCAGAGGGUUCACACAGGGGUGAAACCCUUCAGCUGUACCCAGUGUCACAUGCGUUUCGCCCAGGCAUGCACCCUGAAGAGGCACCAGAGGGUCCACACAGGGGAGAAACCCUUCAGCUGUACCCAGUGUCACAUGUGCUUCGCUCAGGCUGGUGACCUAAAGAGGCACCAGAGGGUCCACACAGGAGAGAGGCCUUUCGCCUGUGCGCACUGUGGGAAGAGGUUCUCAGAGAAGAGCUACCUCAGGCUACACCAGCAGAAAAAACACUCCACUCUAUAACAAACACUUAUAUCAAAAGAGAAAGAUUAAUUUUAGUUGUCAUCAGAAAAUAUCCCCAGAUGCAUUUGGAUAUUCCUGGGUAGAAUAUUACAUCCAGACAUUGUGUUAAGGAAUACUGUAUAUACAGUCCCUACAGUGCAUUCGGACCCCUUGACUUUUUCCACAUAUUGUUACAUUACAGCCUUAUUCUAAAAUUGAUUAAAUAAC